AUGGUGAGUAGGCUUAAAAUUUCAAUUUUGUGCUUAGUUGAAACUCGAGUGAAGAAGGAGAAUUUCUCUCGGAUUGUUGCAGAUAUGCUUCCGGGUUGGGAGGUUGUGAAUAAUUACUCAAAGCAUUGUUUGGGUAAAAUUUGGAUCUGCUGGGAUCCUGGAGGAUUUGUUAUUGAUCCUUAUGAUAUACACAAGCAAGUAAUUACUUGCAAGGUAAUAUCUAAGGAUUCUGGUGAGAGUUGGUUGCUUUCUGUUAUGUAUGGAGCUACUAAUGGUCCUGAUAGAAGAAGGCUGCUGCAAGAACUGAGGUUGGACAGGGCGACUGUGUUUAACAUGCCCUGGCUUCUAACAGGGGAUUUCAAUGUGAUCUGUUACACGGGGUGCUUUCAUCCUGGACCAAUAAUCAAUCUGGAGAGGAUUUUGUCUCUAAAAAACUUGAGAGUCCUGUCCAAUUGUGAUUGGUUGCAAAAAUUUGGGAAUACUACUGUGGAGUUUCAGGAAAGAGGAGUUUCAGAUCACUCCCCGUCUCUAGUGGCUGUUUCUAGCUAUGUAAGCUAUGGUCCUAAACCGUUCAAGUUCUUCAACUACUGGGCAGAUCACUCUCAAUUUUUGGAGUGGAUUGGAGAUGCUUGGAAUAUUGAAGUCGAUGAGUACUCUAUGUUCCAAUUCUAUGCUAAGCUUAAAGCAGUUAGGGGUUUGCUGAAGACUAAGAAUAACGAAGAGAAUUUUCUUAAACAGAAAUCCAGAAUUAAGUGGCUUAAUCUUGGCGAUGGUAAUAAUUCGUUUUUCCACAAUUCGGUCAAGGUUAGAAACUCUACUAACCUUAUCAAAGUGUUAAAGGAUAGUGAGGGUAAUAGCAUUCAUGAUGUGAUGGAGAUUAAGAGUAUGGCCAUUAAUUUCUAUCAGCAGCUUUUAGGGACUACUCUUCAUGAGUUUUCCUCAGAUAAGGCUGCUCGGGUCACCAAUCUGAUCAAGAAGAAAUUUUCUGCUAAGUGUGCGGCUGGAAUGUGUGCUCCUGUGACUAAACUGGAGAUUCAUAAGCUCGAGAUUGUUUGUGAUUAUCAUAAAGAGAAGGGGGCUCCUCGAUGUAUGCUUAAGAUUGAUUUGAUGAAAGCAUAUGAUUCAUUGGACUGGGAAUACAUUCUGCACUGUCUUUCUUGCUUCGGAGCUCCUGCUAGAUUUGUUGCUUGGAUUCGGGCUUGCAUUUCUAGUCCUAGCUUCACUAUAACUCUUAAUGGAACUUUGGUGGGGAAUUUUCCAGGGAGGAAGGGUCUUCGACAAGGGGAUCCUAUAUCCCCUUAUCUGUUUGUGUUGGCCAUGGAAGGGCUGUCACUCUUGUUGGAAGAGAUUACUUCUUCCCCUCAGUUCACUUACCACCCUACAUGCAAGUCCGUCCAGCUUAACCAUCUCUGUUUUGCAAACGAUUUGUUGGUUUUUUCUUCUGCAAAUUGUAUUUCAGUUUUGGCCAUUCUUGGUGCUCUUGCUGAGUUUGAAAAGUUGUCGGGGUUGAAAGCUAAUCCCUCAAGGACCUCUAUUUUUCUAGCUGGAGUUUCUCUUGAGGUGAAGCAAGAUAUUCUAGCCAUGAUCCAAAUGCCAGAAGGUACUCUUCCAGUGAGAUACCUCGGAUUACCUCAAGGAUCAAUUCCUGACUUGUUAGGAAUCUUUCCUUUGCAGAAAUUCAACCGCUUUCUUUGGAAUGGGAGGGAUACUAACGCUCAUGCAAAGGUUGCUUGGGAUAAAAUUUGUUUUCCUAAGAAAGAAGGAGGGUUGGGGAUAAAAAAGAUUGAAGUUUGGAACAAGGCCUCAAUGCUGAAUCAUAUCUGGAAUAUUUUUGCCAAAGCUGGAUACCUGCUUGAUAGAUUUGGAUACCGAAUUGUGUAUGAUUCUGGCAUUCCUCUUAAUGCUAAACUUGCUGCCAUUAUGAAAGAUGGUGAGUGGUUUUGGGGCUCGGUUCGGCCUGAUGAUCUUGUAGCUAUUCAAAGUCAGCUUUCUAAUGUUGUAAUAGGAGAUGCAGAUGUGGCUGUUUGGGACUCUAGAAAUGGAACUUACUCAUGUGCUGAUACAUGGGGUAAGUUAAGAUGUGUUGCUGGGACUAUGGAGGGAAUGGUCUCUGCCUUUCUUGCUAUGGCAGUCAGGAGAGUAAAGAACACCCUUUCUUUAGGUGUAGUUUUAGUGGCAGGAUUUGGUCUAGUAUAA